CAAGUAAUCGCUAAGAGCGGUCUACCUGUGUUGUAUGCUUUUCCGUAUGUGUAUUUGAUUUGUUAUCAGAGAAAUUUAUUUUUUGAUCCCGAUAUAACCAGCGAUAUACAUUUGUUACGUCGCGACAAGAGCAAUUGUGUCAAGGUAAUUUGUUGAUGUGAACCAACUUGGAAACUGUCAACAUUUCCCGAAAAAAUUCUGCAAAAUAUGUCAUCCUCAUCAUCGAAAGGAUUUCCAUUGCUCCAAGACUUAGCUAGUUACAUUCCGGAUUCGCUGGAUCUAAACAGGGAUGCUGCUGCUAAAGAGUAUUGGUUUGGGUGCUUUGACCGGCUUGUGCUGAAGUUUGAACUACAGGCAGCGAAGAGCCAAUCAUCGGACCCAUCUGCCGAUGCCCGAGCCGCCCAGUUCCGGGAGCACUAUCAGGAAAAGUUGAGGCAACUUAAGAAAGCCAAUGUUGACCCAAAUGACCAGCCUUUGACAAUUCGGACUCUGUUGGAACUAAACCAAAAAUCACUAAGAUUGUACGGAUUUUCUGACCCAUGGAAAGAACAGAAAAAUCUAGAAAACGAAGCAUCAUUGAAAAAACUUCCUGCCCGGCUCCAAUGGCUAGAUCAAGUCGAUGACAUGAAUGCAAAAUGGACCGCUAUUAUCAAAGGAGUGCUGGCUGGUAAUAUGUUCGACUGGGGCGCACAGGCCGUCUCUCAAAUCCUAGAAAAAGAUGCCGGCUUUGGCUUGGAAGAGGCUCUGGAGCGAAUACAGAAACGACCAUGGCUAGUAGAUUGCCUAGAGCAAUGGCUGGAAAGGAUGAAGGGACCAGCACAUUCGUGUGCUACCAUCUUUACCGACAACUCAGGAAUUGAUAUUGUCCUAGGGAUACUGCCUUUGGUGCGCGAGCUUCUGCUGCGUAAAACCAAAGUUUUGCUCUGCGCCAACACAGAACCCGCACUGAACGACAUCACGUACGAAGAGCUCAACGAGGUCGUCAAAGAGUGCUGCUCUGAAUGCGAAACAAUCAACCAAGCGUACCAUUCGGGAAUGCUGAAAAUUGUCGGAAAUGAUCAGAAUGGUCCCUGUCUUGAUUUUCGAAACAUUUCGCAAGAAUUGUCUGAUGCCACCGCGGAUAGCGAUCUGCUCAUUAUAGUCGGAAUGGCAAGAGCAUUGCACACCAAUUUGAACGCGAAAUUUUCAUGCGAUGCAUUGAAAUUGGCGGUUGUUAAAAACGAGUGGCUCGCGAAUUACCUCGGAGGAGAUACUUUUUCCGUAAUCUGUAAAUAUGAAAAAGUAUGAUAUUAUGUAUUGAUUUGAUCUGGUUGAUGAUGAUUAUAAUAAAAUAUCGAAACAAACCACA